CCGGUUCUCCUUGCUGCAGCUCAAGGACGCCGGCGCCCGUUUCCCUUUCACGCCGGUGUGGCCGGCCGCCACCACGAGCUACUCCCGAUUCCCAAAGACCCCCGCGCACUGCGCUGCCGUGGUCAACUGCGCGCCGCCUAACCAUCUCCGGCCCUUCUACCAUCCUCAUUCGGCCAGGGGCGGCACGAGGAAGCCGGUGGCGGGGAACCGCGAGCUCAUACGGUGGGAGUCGGGAUUCAUAGGUGCAAAAGAUUCAGUCAUUGUCUCCAAAUAUUGGAGUUGUCUAUAGUGGGAUGGGUCCGGAUUUUCGUGUUCUUGUCAGAAAAAGUCGGAAACAGGCACAGCAAUAUUAUCGGUUGUACAAGGAAACCAUCCCUGUUACCCAGCUUGUCCGAGAGACUGCUGCUGUUAUGCAGGAAUUCACACAAUCUGGUGGUGUAAGACCAUUUGGUGUAUCGCUGUUGAUUGCUGGGUAUGAUGACAAUGGCCCGCAGUUGUAUCAGGUUGACCCAUCAGGAUCUUACUUCUCCUGGAAAGCAUCAGCUAUGGGGAAAAAUGUGUCAAAUGCAAAGACGUUUCUUGAGAAAAGAUACACAGAAGAUAUGGAGCUUGAUGAUGCCAUCCAUACUGCAAUUCUGACUCUGAAAGAAGGAUAUGAAGGUCAAAUCUCUGCCAACAACAUCGAAAUUGGAGUUAUUCGAGCUGACCGUGAAUUCAAAGUUCUAACUCCAGCAGAGAUCAAGGAUUUCUUGGAAGAGGUGGAGUAAGCUGCCCGUUGACAAUUUACUUACGAAUAUUCGAGAUGUAAACGAGAUUUGUAGCAAACAAAUGAAUGAAAUGUGUGAUCUC